AUGGAAGUAUUGGCUUUUAUUGAAGAAACAGAACCUCAUGAAGGUGAAUAUGAUGAUUUUGACGAUUUCAUGAAGAAAACUAAAGAUAACUACCACAAAGUAGCCGUCAACUGUUGGAUCGCAGCGGCACUAUAUGUUGUAACUUUAGGUUUAUCUUUCAUGUGUAUAAAAAAGUCAAAGGCAAUGGACUUAAAAGCUGCUGAAAAAAUUAGAGAUGAUGAAAUAUUUUGUAAGGAAAGAGCCAAGCGCAGUUAG